GGUCGUUAGUCUAAUAUCACUGUAGAGAGUCUAGCCACUAUAAAUCAAUUGAGACCUGAGAGCUCCAAGUGCUCUGCAGGAGAGAAGAUAUCAUCAGCUGUGUCGCCAUGGCUAAGAAUGGAAGCAGCAGUGGGAAGAAGAGAAAGAGCAUUGUAAAGCUCAAAGUUGUGGUAGAGAAACUACAGAAGAGCUUUUCCCUGUCGAGGAGAGGUGAUUGUGAGUCGGAUGAAUCUGAAGAGAUGGAUGAAUCUACGACAUCAGUGCCAAAAGACGUCAAGGAAGGCCACUUUGCAGUGAUUGCAGCUGAUGAUGGUGAGCCCAAGAGGUUUAUUGUUGCACUGGAUUAUCUGGCAAAUCCUUCAUUCCUCAGGCUUUUAGAGCAGGCAGAGGAGGAGUUUGGUUUUGAUCAGGAGGGUGCACUCACCAUACCUUGCAGAUCGAGUGAACUCGAGAGAAUAUUGGAGGAACAGUGGGAGCUGGAGAGAGUUGUGAAUGCUUGUGUUGACUGGAUGUCCUGUAAAGCCAUGGUGAAAGGUUGCUAAUUAGAGAGAGAGAGGGAGAGAGAGUAUGUUUGGAAAUUUAAUUAAUUAAUGAUCCAUCCCAUCAUCUAUCUGUUGUUACUCUUACUCUUGUAUGUGCUAGCUGCUACCUCUCCAUGAAUUAUAUAU